AUGCGUCGGAGUCAAAGGGGACAUUCAAUAGACUGUUCCAACAGUCCAGAGAAUGAAAGUGACAGGGAGCCAACCCCAACUUCAUUGACCAGAUCCAGCAGGCCAUCUCGACACCACCGAACUCCCACAGUGUCUGAUGAUGGAAGCAUGAAUGAGAGCCCUGAAGACUACUACUUGGUCACCCAGACCAGUGAGCAGAGCACCAGUGAAGAAAACAUACCCCAAAUAGUCCCCACUGGCAUCCCUCCCUCUUGCAGAAGUUUGCUAAGCUGUCUGAUUCAGAUCAUCUGCUUUAUCUCCACCCUGAGAAACACUGUCUGUAAAGCUCAGCUCUGCCCCCAGUACAUUGGGUGGACCCAGACAGGGGCAGCAACACUCAAGAUAUUGCUCCAUAAGUUGGUGGAGAAGCUGGCCAUUCUCUUCUUCUGUGUGUUUGCCUUCUGGUGCAUCGCUAUUUACUUGCCAACCAAACUGGAUACAGGACGAGUGAACAUGAGGACUCCAGGUGAGGUCAAAGGCUCUGUUUCUUCACUCAGUGAACUAAGGAAUUACCAGGAGAAGGUGAGAAAACAUGCAGAAGAAAUCCAAGCCCUGUACAGGCUCAUGAAACAACUUUCAGCCAAAGUCCAAGAAGUAAAAGUCAUGUCUAAUGAGGAGCUAGUGGCACAGAACAUAAUGAAGAAGAUACAAGGAGACUACAUUGAAAAACCUGAUUUUGCCUUGAAAUCUGUUGGAGGGACCAUUGAUUUUGAACGCACAUCUGCCACUUACAGUUAUGACAAAGCCAGAUCUUACUGGAGCUGGUUCCGACUAUGGAACUAUGCACAUCCACCUGAUGUCAUCCUGGAGCCCAAUGUGACACCUGGCAACUGCUGGGCAUUCAGUGGAGAUCGUGGGCAAGUCGUCAUCCGCCUGGCGAGAAGGAUCUUCCUCACCAAUAUUACGAUUCAGCACAUCCCAAAAACUAUUUCCCUAUCAGGCAACUUGGAUACAGCUCCCAAGGACUUUGUUGUAUAUGGGAUCAACGAUGAUAGCAAAGAAGAGACAUUCCUGGGGGCUUUUUUGUUUCAGCCUGAAAACUCCAUUCAGAUGUUUCCACUCAAGAACACGCUCACCAAACCCUUCAACUGCGUCAAACUGAAGAUAUUGACCAACUGGGGAAACCCCCACUUCACCUGCCUAUACCGAGUUCGAGCUCAUGGCACAGUGAGUGAGCCUGAGUAG